AGUGCCGCAAUAACUUACAGAAAUCAAAUUUGUUCCUUUGAUUUCUGUAAGUUAUUGUCGCAUUAAUAAUGUCUAAAACAGAUGGGAGUCCCAUCUUAGUAGGUGAUGAUAGUGAAGAGGCCCAGGUAUCGGCUCAAUCGACCGUCGGUACUCCCAUUCCAAAGGGCACAUCACUCCAAUCCAAAAAGCCAGAUACAUUUGUUAGUUCCGAAGAGGAGGAGGAUUCCUGGAUGGAGAAUGCACGCCAUGCGGCCCGAAAGCCAAAGGAGCCAGUGCUGUCGGGCGAAAUCGAUGUCGAUCAAAUGCCAGCAGAUCUCUUGCAUGUUCGUCCCGCAAGGAAGUGCUUAACCGAGCAGCAGGAAGUUGAAAUUAUGGUGGAGAACAACUUUGUUCAGCUGUGCCAACAAAUCAGCAAAAGCCUAACUCUAUGCAGUGCCGAUGUGGGCAGAGCCCAGCGGGCACUGGAUGAAAUCAGGAAAUUAGAAUUGAACAAGAUGAUGCUGUUACGAAAUCCAGAGUGUCUCGAUGCGGUGCAUGCACUCUGCACAUAUAUUGGCAAUCUGUCACGUUGGAACAUGGACAAAAGCGAAGAGAAAUCGUUUAAAGAAGCUGCCCAAACCAUACGUGACAAGGCCACCAUCAUAUACCAGGAGUACGUGGAUUUGUUUAACUUUGAUACCGACGAAGAUUUUUUGGAUACGUUUGACGAGGAGGUCGCGAUCUUCGAGCGCGUAACUAGAAAAGUCGAUAAACAUUUACGCUCUAUAAUGGACGAGCAUACAUACAACACCAUGAGAAACAAAUAA